AGCAAGGCUCAGAUUGCCCUCGCUAAAGUGGACGGGAAAGUGUACCUAGCCGCUAUCUAGUCGCCGCCAAGACAUAUAGUCCCGGUCGCUGGUCGACAGCAACACCCCCGCCGACAUCAUUCCGCAACCGCCACUUCAGUUGUUCCAAGUUGUCCGUCUUCUUUUCACUCUUUUAUAACCCGACUCCCUGAAGGCCCCAACCAGCUUUCCCCCAGCUAUGACGAAUGUUUCUAAAGAAUCUCGACCUCACCACUGCGUUGCGGCCGUCGUACCUGCCCGAUGAAGACCUGCUCUUUGUCCAGGACAAUGUGGGGUUGUACGAGGGCAAAUACAAACUGCCCAACCAGCAAAAUGGCCAGGUUUACCUGACCUCGCACCGAAUAUGCUACGUCGACAAGGCGGAGCCUAGAAAGUACUCUGCUGCUUUGGAUCUCAAAGACAUUGAGCGCUACGAGUUUUACGCCGGAUUCCUCAAGUCCUCGCCCAAGAUCACCUUGGUGCCCAAGGCCAACAAGCGAGCAUCCCUCCAACCAUCGCGCAAUGGAAACGCUUCACCGGCGCAACGUGUAGACAGCCCCUUUCGUGCGCCGCCCGUUGAUACACCUCCAGCGAGCUCAGCGACAUGGGUAUGCACCAUCUGCAGCUUCUCCAACCCAGUACCGUCCAAUUUCGAUCCGACGACGGCAAGUGAACACACGCCUCUCCCUCCCUGCUUAGCUUGUGGCAUCAAGCCUACCUUGACUCAUAUCCUCAAGGCGGCCAUUUCGAAUGCGACGAGUCGACAGCCCGGCGGGGGACCUGCCCUCUAUACACCGCUUCCUGUCCGACCCAAGCAAAGUUCCGACUCAUCGGUACCAGCGACUCAGACAUCACCAUCGCCCUUCCAGGCAGGAGACGCCAGCGCAUCUUUCCAAUGUCCAAGAUGUACCUUUCUCAACCAUCCCUCGUUGAUGUCAUGCGAGAUGUGCGGAGGGCCACUUAUCUCCAACGACCUACCUGCUGAAGUCACGCAACAAAGGCGGGAGACACACUCUCCCGGUCCGGUUCUGAGCAGCCUGGCUCCCAAGAACGAGGCCCUCGAAAGCGUGAAGCUCUCCUUCCGCGGUGGCGGAGAGAAGAUAUUUUACGAGAGGCUCAAAGGAUCGAUAACCCAGCGCAAGUGGCUACUUCAGGGCGCACCUCCGAUUCCCAAAACCUCUUCAAACGGGUCAGGGGUAGGAUCUGGUCCCAGUCGAGGAGCAGGAGGAGGAGGCUCAGCUGGAGGCCAGCACGAACGCGUCAAGAUUGCGGGAAUCGCAGGCCUCGAACAGCGCGGCCAAUCAAUGCGCAAGAACAACGAGAUUGUCAUCGGCAACGCAUUCGAGGACCUCGAAGCCCUGAUGGCCUCCGCCAAGGAAAUCGUGGCCCUGGCAGAGACCUUUGCGCGCCAAGUCAAGGGCGCAGGCGGCGCCUCCUCCGGCAGCGAAAACGCGCUACUCGCCGAGUCCGCCAGCCAACUGGGCCUGAUUGCGACCAAGGACAUUGUCGGCGGCGGCGGCGGUGGCGACUCGCUCUAUCUGUCCGAACUCGCCCGUACCUUGGCUGAGUUCCUCACCGACGAUGCGCGAGGUGUGCUCAGGAAAGCGGGCGGCAUCAUCUCGCUUGUGGACCUCUGGGCCAUGUUCAACCGGCUUCGCGGGGGCGUGGAGCUGGUCAGUCCCGCGGAUUUCGAGAAGGCGGUUAACUUGUGGGACAAGCUCGGGUUGCCCGUUCGGCUGCGCACGUUCAAGUCGGGUGUGAAGGUGGUUCAGGGCCGUGACCGGACGGAUGAGACGACUAUCAGGGCGCUACUGACCUGGAUGCAAGAUUUGCACAAUUUCCCGCCGGACCGGGAGGUGGCGUGGGAUUGGCGCGAGUUUGGGCGUGGAGUUACGGCAAGAGAUGCGGCGGAGAGGUUCGGUUGGAGUAUAGGUGUUGCCGAGGAAGAGCUUGAGAUGGCGGAAGAGCGUGGCGUGCUGUGUCGCGAGGAGGGAAUUGAGGGUCUGAAGUUUUGGGAAAACUUUAUUGAUACGGGAGAAGGUGCUACGAGGCCGGAUCCUGCGAAGGAGGAGAACGAGAAGAUCAUGAAGGCGUUGAAGGAGAGCGGAUUUUUGUGAUGUGAGUAGUACAACUCGCUACGUUGCCGUUCGGGGUUCGGGGUCUUUGCGAUAAUCUUAUGACUCCUUUCAUACGUUAGAUCUACUUUUUUGUUGUUAAUCACAGUAAAAUUGACAGUAGACAUUCGCAGAAACCACAAUUUUACGGAC